UGUAUGUAUUGUAACCGCGGCAGAGAGAGAGAGAGAGGGGGGAAGAUGGGAAUGGGUAAUGAUUGCUGAUUUAUUACCUCUCAGGCUAAAAUAUUCAGACAUUUAUGGAAGAAAAGUUAUGGAUUUGGGGGGAGGACCGAAUGGGAUUCAAGAGUGGCAGUAAUUAGCAAAAUGGGUUCUCUCUCUACAAUCGCUUUUCCCGACAGAGAGAGAAAUUCAACCCCCAGCCCCAGGCGUCAUUAAUACACGCAGAAGAGAAGAGCACCGAGGAGAUAGAUUAGGAAUUUGAUUUGGAGAAUAGAGAAAGUCAAAUCUUCCGAGCGAUUUUCUUCUUUUGAUUUUCCUUUUCUUUUUUUCUAUCGAUGCAUUGAUCCCCCGUCGUGCGCAUUCAUCGAAUUUAUUAAUUCGUUCUGAUUCCGGCAAAGUGAGCGAUUUCGCAAUUGGAAACCCUAGGGUGGAUUGAUUUCGGGGCCAAGAUUCUUGGGGAAACCCCAAUGCCGUGGGAGGGUUGAAUCGAGAUCGGUGGAUAGGCGUUAAUGGUGGGAGGGUUGAUUGGGGGAAUUUUAGGAGGGUAGAGGGAGGGAAGAAGGAGGAGGAGAGGAUAGCGGUGGAGAAGAAGGCGGCGGAGGAAGAAGAUGCAGCUGCACUUCUCACCUAGCAUGAGAAGUAUAACGAUAUCGAGCGGCAAUGGAGUAAGCGGCAAUGGAGGCACUGAUUUGAUGAAGAUCAAGGUCGCAGCUCGCCACAUUUCGUACCGCACGCUGUUCCACACCAUUCUCAUUCUCGCCUUUCUUUUGCCAUUUGUUUUCAUUCUCACUGCGCUUAUCACCCUUGAAGGCGUCAACAAGUGUUCUUCCAUUGAUUGUUUAGGACGAAGAUUGGGGCCAAAGCUUCUUGGUAGAAACAGUGAUUCUGGGAAGCUGGUGAAGGACUUUGUUAAGAUCCUGAAUCAAGUGAAUGUGGAGAAAGUCCCCACCGGUCUGAAGCUCCCGGAAUCUUUUAGCCAGCUUGUUUCCGAUAUGAAAAACAACAAAUAUAGUUCAAAAGAUUUUGCCUUGAUUUUGAAAGGAAUGAUGGAGAGAUCCGAACGUGAAAUCCGGGAAUCCAAGUUUUCUGAAUUAAUGAACAAACAUUUUGCAGCUAGUGCCAUCCCUAAAGGGAUCCAUUGCCUUUCAUUGAGGCUAACCGACGAAUAUUCUUCCAAUGCUCAUGCUCGGAAGCAGUUACCAUCGCCAGAACUGCUGCCUCUGCUGUCGGACAAUUCCUACCAUCACUUUGUGGUGUCGACGGACAACAUUCUUGCUGCUGCCGUUGUCGUUGCUUCUACUGUCCAGUCAUCCUCAGACCCUGCAAAGGUCGUCUUUCAUGUAAUAACUGACAAGAAAACAUAUGCCGGCAUGCAUUCAUGGUUUGCUCUCAAUCCAUUGCCUCCUGCCAUAAUCGAGGUAAAAGGUGUGCACCAGUUUGAUUGGCUGACGAGAGAAAAUGUCCCGGUUCUUGAAGCUGUGGAGAGCCACUAUGGGAUCCGGAAUUAUUACCAUGGUAAUCACAUUGCUGGCACAAACCUUAGCGAUACAACACCUAGGACGUUUGCUUCCAAAUUACAGGCGAGAAGUCCCAAGUAUAUAUCGUUGCUCAACCAUCUUCGUAUAUAUCUUCCAGAGCUAUUCCCGAACCUUGAUAAGGUGGUUUUCCUAGACGAUGAUGUUGUAGUCCAACGAGAUCUUUCUCCUCUUUGGGAAAUUGACCUUGACGGGAAAGUCAAUGGAGCUGUCGAAACGUGUCGAGGUGAAGACGAGUGGGUCAUGUCCAAGCGAUUUAGGAACUACUUCAACUUCUCCCAUCCACUCAUAGCGAAAACCUUGAACCCCGACGAAUGUGCGUGGGCGUACGGGAUGAACAUAUUUGACCUGGCGGCAUGGCGAAAGACGGAUAUAAGAGAUACUUACCACUCCUGGCUAAAGGAGAAUAUAAAGUCGAACCUGACAUUGUGGAAACUCGGAACACUGCCACCGGCUUUGAUUGGAUUCAAGGGUCAUAUCCACCCGAUCGAUCCCUCCUGGCACAUGCUUGGAUUGGGGUAUCAGAAAAAGACCAGCGUCGAGAAUGUAAAGAAAUCUGCGGUGAUUCACUACAAUGGGCAGUCGAAGCCUUGGCUGGAGAUCGGGUUUGAGCAUCUGCGGCCCUUUUGGACAAAGUACGUGAACUACUCGAACGACUUCAUAAGAAAUUGCCACAUCUUGGAGUUCUAGCGAACGUGUACAAUAUCAAUAGCUGCCGUUGAGCUGAAAUUUGAGAAGCAUUGUUGAUAAUAUGCUGAGGAAGAAUCCAUAUCAUUACAUCACAUACAAAUCAAGGGGCAACUAAGGUAUCUGAAAUUUUUCUGCUGGAUCGAUAACUGAGAUGCGCUGAUAUUAGUUCGUUAAUUCCUUGAGUUUGUAAAGUAGCAUUCAAUUCGUCAUCGUUGUCUAUUUUUGGUUGGACCAAGAACAGUACUAUGUUUCGAAGUUGCCGAUGAGGUCUCUUUCCUUCCCUAUGCUGUCUUGGUGCUUGGCAAGGGAAUAAUGGUGACAAAUGCAUAUGAUAUGAGCAACAUAGCAUCAAAGGAUGGAAGGAAGGCCAAGAAUCAGGUUUACAUUACACACAAUUGAAGAUCCUGCUGUUGUUAUAAGAGUUUCUUGUGGCCAUGGAGAUUGAUUCUUUCUUUUCAUUCCUCUGUUUUUGUUUAGCAUCGAGUUCCUAUUACAUUUCUGUGUACCCAUUUUGACAAUUUUUUGUGUAGGUUGUUGUGUAUGUCUUGUUGUAUUCAUUCCUUCUUUUUGUUGUCGUUUGUAAGUAUGUGCAGAGAUUUUUUAAUAUUCUUUCCAUUUAUAUAAGGAUGUUUGCUU